AUGGACCGUCAAACAAAUGCCUGUUUUCGAUCAGAUUCAUCGUUCGGUCCAGUAGUGUCGGGCUGUCGCGACGACUUCGAUUUUACCCUCGCCUUUGAGUUGUACUUCUUUCUCCUAACACCCGCGGCGCUAUUUCUGUUGGUGGCGCCCACCCGCAUCUACUUGCUCUUUGCCUGGGACCGCUGUGUCGAUGGCCUAUGGCUGCGAAAUUCUAAGCUGAUGGUGGCGAUAGGGUACUCUGCUUUGCAACUAACCCUCAUUGCACUAUGGGCUGUCAGCCCGAUGCCUGCGUCCGCCGCAGGAAUUGCUGCCUCAUGCGUCAAUACCGGUGCAGGCCUGUUUAUUGCCUUGCUGGCGUGUCUGGAACAUACCCGUACUCUCCGACCGUCACCUAUCAUUAACACGUACUUAAUCUCGACCUUUCUGGAUGCGGUUGUGGUUCGCACACUAUGGCUAGCUAGCUAUGCGGCUGAAGACCUACGCAAUGCCUUCACAGCAGCAUUUGCCCUGAAGGCUUGCCUUUUUAUUCUAGAGACUGUGGAAAAGCGGCGGUUCUUCCGUUCAGAGCAUGACCGUGCUCUUAGCCCAUAUGCGAAAAGCGGUAUCUACAAUCGGGCGGUAUUCUGGUGGGUGAAUGGGCUGCUGCGACAAGGAGCGCGACAAAAGAUAACCCCUAAAGAUUUACACCCAUUGGAGAAUUCCAUGGCCGCCGAAACCCUGGACGGGCGAUUCUGGGCAUCGUGGGAGAAAACCGACCGGAAGCAUCGUCGACUGAUAUACACCUUUAUCCGCGCGUUGCGUUGGGAUCUCUUCGCUCCGGUAUCUCCGCGGUUGCUCCUGAUUGCUUUCACUGUCAGCCAGCCGCUGUGUUUAAGACGAUUCAUUCAGUACCUACAGGCGGACCCAGAAAAAGGUGUGAAUGUGGGGUAUGGCAUGAUCGGAGCAUACUUCCUAAUUUAUGUUGGCAUUGCGAUUUCCACUGGAUUCUACUGGGCUUCAUGGUUUCGUUCCCUGGCAUUGAUCCGGAGUAUGCUGAUGACAGCCAUUUUUGAAAAAACGCUCCAAUCACCAGCAUCCGUCGCAACUGAGAAGGCAGCAGUGACGUUAAUGAGUACGGACGUCGAUCGCAUCAUAAAUGGUCUGCGUGAGAUUCACGAAUUAUGGGCUAACCUCCUGCAAAUCAUAAUCGCCACAUACCUGCUCGAAACAGAACUUCAAUAUGCGUGCAUUGCGCCUGCGGUCACUGCCCUUGGCUCCUUCAUAGCCAUCACCUAUCUAUCAGAUUAUACCAAGGAAUUUCAAAAGCAGUGGAUGGGCAAGUUGCAGUUACGCGUUAGUAGAGUUUCUGCCAUGUUGGAUUCUAUCAAAGGGAUAAAGAUCUCCGGGCUGACGGACCGGUUGUAUGCGAUUGUCGCUGCUCUCCGCCAAAACGAGGUUGAUGCCUCAAAGCCUUUUCGACUUUUGGGUGCCGGCACCUCAACUAUUGCAUUACUACCUCAAAUUCUCUCUCCCGUCCUGGCAUUUGCCAUAUAUGCUGCGGUGACACUUCGUGGUAGCCGCCCCCUGGAUGUCUCACGUCUAUUUACUUCCUUAUCCAUUCUCUCCUUACUGGCGCAGCCCCUGUUCACAUUAUUUGGCUCAAUUGUCAAUUCUCGGACAGCAAUUGGCUGCUUUGAGCGGAUUGAGGAUUAUCUUUGCCAAGACAGCCAUCUUGACAGUCGCACCCACGAUGCUGUCUCCACUUCGGCUGUGAAGCGCAGCGAGGGGAUGCAACCGACAACAGCUAUAAAACUUGAGGCCAAUGAUCAAUAUUUAUCGUCAGAUUCCCUUGUGGUAUUUCAACUGGAGAAGGCAUCGAUAGGUUGGUUCAAGAGCAAAGAUGCCCUUCUGGCCAAUAUCAGCCUUUCAAUCAAGAAAGGCACCUCGAACUUCAUCGUGGGCCCAUCGGGUGUCGGUAAAUCCACGCUCCUGUAUGCAUUACUAGGUGAAUGCCCGGUACUGGAUGGGACCAUCCUCACAACUUCCGCGGAUAUUGCAUGGUGUGAACAAACUCCCUGGUUGGUCAACCAAACCAUCCGGGAUAACAUUAUAUCUGGCUCCGCUAUAGAUGAAAAAUUGUUUUCAACUGUUAUUCACUGCUGCGAUCUCCGUGAUGAUCUAGAAAGUCUUCCCGCCGGCGAUCAAACCAAGAUUGGCAGCAAAGGCACCGCACUCAGUGGCGGCCAGAAGCAAAGGAUUGCCCUGGCCCGUGCUAUUUAUUCCCGAAAAGAUGUGAUUCUACUUGAUGACCCUUUCAGUGGACUUGAUAUUACCACAGAGAGCAAUAUCAUUCGCCGCUGCUUCGGAACGAAUGGGCUUUUUACGCGCUGGGGUACGACUGUUGUGAUAGCCACUCAUUCAUCACGCCUGCUACCUCUGGGUGACCAGAUUUUUGUGUUGGACCCAAACGGAAGCAUUAGCGAUCGCGGCUCUUAUCAAGAACUCGCCAUAGCCGACGGUUACCUAAACAAGACGCAUGGCCACAGACUGCCUAAACAGACAAAAGAGUCAAAUGAAAUUCACGUGUUAAUCAAAAAGUCUGUAGAGCAGAUGAAUACAAGCAAGAAACGAGCUUCGGAUACUCCAAACAAGUUCCACGAUACACCGAAAGCUGAAUCACCGCAAUACGCCGAGAAAAAUAUAAUGAGCAAUUCGUCUGUUUAUGGCUUUUACAUCAAGGCAAUUGGAGUGGCUCCACUGAUGGUAUUUCUCGCACUGGAAGUACUGUGGGCAUUUCUAUCAGUUUUCCCUGUUCAGUGGCUCAAAUGGUGGGCAGAGGAUAAUACUACCCACGGUAAUAAGCACCUUGGCCUUUAUUUGGGCGUCUAUGCAGUUUUACAAGUAGCUGCACUUGCAUCUUCUGCAAUUGCCACAUGGUUUGCAUUCAGCUUCAUGGCACGGAAGUCCGGUCUCUCGCUCCACAGUAGUUUGCUCAAGGCGACUCUGUCCGCACCACUAAACCUCUUUUCCAAGCUGGACAGUGGCGAGAUCUUGACUCGGUUUUCACAGGAUAUUCAAAUGAUUGAUAUGAACCUGCCGUUGCAACUUCUGACCCUUACCCAAAACCUAUUCACCUGCAUUGCACAGGCAGCCUUGAUUGGCUCUGGGGUUGGCUGGGUAGCGGUGAGCUAUCCUGCGCUCAUCGCAGUCCUAUUUGUGAUCCAAAGAUUCUACUUACGGACUGCGAAGCAGAUGAGGUUGUUGGACUUAUCUGAAAAAGCCCCAGUGUACAGCCAAUAUCUCGACACUUUAGGCGGGUUGCCCACAAUCCGUGCCUUUAAAUGGCAGGCACGCUUUCGGAAGACGAGUUAUGAUUUAGUGAACAACGCCCAGAAGCCGUGGUAUUCAUUACUUAUUAUUCAAAGGUGGCUUUUGCUAGUUCUUGAUCUGGUCACAGCGGCCCUAACGGUGCUUAUUGUCGGGAUUGCAGUUAAGUUACGCUUGUCAAUUGGGACGGGCGGUGUUGCUGUUGCUCUGGUGCAAAUUAUCACCCUGUCCAAUUAUUUGAAUCAACUGGUAAACACUUACACUAUGUUGGAAACUACGCUGGGUGCGAUAGCGCGCAUCAAGAAAUUCGAGAACGAUAUUGUCGCGCUACCUGGUGCCACCUUCAAUGGUCAUGGCAACCAGCCACCGUCAAGUUGGCCUGAUAAGGGAGAGGUUACUCUUGAAAAAGUAUCUGCAUCUUACAAUAGUGGGGAUUCCCACCGGCCAGCACUGGAUGAUAUCACAAUACACAUUCGGCCUGGACAGAAAAUUGGGAUAUGUGGCCGGACGGGAAGUGGAAAGAGCUCGAUCUUACUUACUUUAUUUCAGUUGUUGAAGUUGUCUUCCGGUAGGAUUCUGAUGGAUGGCCAAGACCUGGCCAUGCUCGAUCAGGAAACAGUCCGUUCACGGUUGAAUGGACUCAGUCAAGACCCUUAUUUUCUCGCCGGCAGUGUGAGAUUGAAUCUUGAUCCAUAUAAAAACCCGACAGGGAGCGAUGAGUCCAAUGACGAGCGACUCAUUAGGGCACUCGAUACCGUCCAGCUGUGGUCAUUAAUUGAGCAGAACGGAGGACUGGAUGCCGAAUUGAAAAUGGAGUCGCUGAGUCACGGCCAAAGGCAACUAUUUUGUAUCGUUAGAGCGUUACUCCGGCCGGGCAAGGUUGUAGUUCUGGAUGAGAUCACCAGCAGCGUGGACCUCGCAAUGGACAAGCUGAUACAAUCCAUCAUCACCUCCGAGUUCGCUGACCGAACAGUCAUUGUGAUUGCACACCGUUUAAAUACAAUAGUGGAUUGCGAUCGUGUGGCUGUUAUGGCUGAUGGUAAGUGCGUGGAAUUCGACGACCCCAAGGUGCUCCUAGCAAGGAAGAACUCUUUGUUCAACACCCUUCUACAAUCAUCUUAG